AUGGGCCUUUCCGGCCUUCACCACGAUACGGAGGACUGGCCUCUUCCACUCUCCCGACGAGAAAGUACUCUAUCUGCAUCGACGCAAUCUUCCGGCCAGAUCAGCCCGGGCACGUCGCCUUUCACUUCACAUCCCCUCAGUCGGACGGCUUCCUCCAUCGGCUCACGGUCGAGAGAAGCUUCAUGCUACUCAUUGCACGAAGACGUGGCCCAUAUAGCACUCAACAAUACCGUUACGAUUACUUUCGUGCGAAGUAACAAAUUAUUCAAGCUCCGUUAUACCUAUAUCGAUGUACGCAAGGAUGCCACCGGAAGUCUAAAAUGCCUGGAGUUGGGAGGUGGCCCUGGCCAACAAACCCCCUUAGUUCAUACCUUUAACGAGUCAAAACUCCCCGUCCCGCACCUCGAACACCCCAAACGCCCCAACGAACCUUCUCUACGAAUCUCUUUUAUGGAAGAGCAGACCGUCCAAUCCGCACAGACCGUUUUCACGACCCAGUUAUCAUACCAAUUCGAGGAAGAAAGAGACUGUGUGCAGUUUCAGGAGAUCAUCCUCGCAUCGAGAUUGGUCUUUCUGGCAGGAAUCGCUGAAGCCAAAUCGAAGGGGCGUGGCGAGGAAUGUAUCAGCCAAAACCUCCGCAUCCUCCGGGGGCCUAACGGCAGACAAGUGAUGCUGUUCUUCGCCAAUUCCCAACGCAAAGACCUGAAGCGCUAUGUGAAGGUACCAGUGAACUGCAUUGACAGUUUCAAUCCCGGCAAGAAGCCGGGCCGGCCUGUAGUCUUACAGCUUCAACCUAAUUUCGAUAUUCUAACUCAAAUGAAAACGCUACAGAUCCAGUUCCUGGAUGAUACGGAUCGGAUAGCAUUCUGCCAGUUUCUGAGCGACCACAUCAAGUGAAAGUGAUAGGGGGGAAGGAAAUACUACAUCAUAGUUCGCAUAAUUCACGGCGGAAGGAAGGGGAAGGAGGAGGGGCUUGCCUCGGAUGACGAUGCCUUCCACGUGUGUCCCACUGUAUAAACUCGCUGCUAGGCGCAAAUGGGCGGCGGGUCGAAGGAUUUCGCUUUUCGCAUCCAGUUCGCACUAC